AAAAAGGUUAAGAGAGAGAGAGAGAGAAAGAGAGAUACGAUGCCGGAGAAGGCGAUGGACGAGGUGAUGGAGGCGGCGGCGGGGGCACACUUCAGUGGUCUCCGCCUUGAUUCGCUGCGGCUUCCAAUCCAUUCGGACCCCUCUUCGCCAUCAUCGGCCCGCGCUGCUACUUUUCACCAUGGUGGCGAGCUUGAUUCGAUCGACAACCAUCUCCAACACUUUCACAUUGGGCUUUCGGGAGGGAUGGCGUCUCUUCAAACUACGGUCGGUGAUAUGAUCAACCAGAAACUUCAUGGUCACCGUGUUGUUCCUGGGAAUCAGCACCAUCGCCUCCCUCUCCUUGCAAACCAUUCGGACCCCUCCUCGCCACUGUCGGCCCGUGCCAUGGCUGUUCACCCCAGUGACGAUCUUGAUUCACCAGAUAACCUUCUCCCACCCUUCCUCAUUGGGGUUUCGGGAGGGACGGCAUCUGGUAAAACAACAGUUUGCGAUAUGAUCAUCCAACAACUUCAUGAUCACCGUGUUGUUCUUGUGAAUCAGGAUUCGUUUUACCGUGGUUUGACUGCUGAAGAAUCAAAACGCGUUAGCGAGUAUAACUUUGAUCACCCAGAUGCAUUCGACACUGAACAACUUCUAGAGUGCAUUGGAAAGCUUAAAUGUGGACAUUCUGUGAAUGUUCCCAUUUAUGACUUUAAAAACCAUAGGCGGUGUAAAGAAACUUUCCGAAAGGUCAAUGCAUCAGAUGUAAUUAUUUUGGAGGGUAUUUUAGUUUUUCAUGAUUCCCGAGUACGGAAAAUGAUGGACAUGAAGAUUUUUGUUGACACAGAUGCUGAUGUAAGGCUUACCCGGAGGAUAAGACGUGACAUUGUUGAAAGGGGUAGAGAUGUGAACUCUGUGCUUGAACAGUACACAAAGUUUGUCAAGCCUGCUUUUGAUGAUUUUGUUCUACCUUCAAAGAAAUAUGCUGAUGUAAUAAUUCCACGUGGAGGUGAUAACCAUGUGGCUAUUGAUCUGAUUGUGCAACAUAUUCGGACAAAGCUUGGUCAGCAUGACUUGUGCAAAAUCUAUCCUAAUGUUUUUGUUAUUCAGUCCACGUUUCAGAUUCGUGGAAUGCAUACACUUAUCCGUGAUCGAAACAUAACGACGCCUGAUUUUGUGUUCUACUCUGAUCGGCUGAUUAGGCUGGUCGUAGAGCAUGGUCUAGGUCAUUUGCCAUUCACAGAGAAGCAGGUUGUUACUCCUACUGGAUCUGUAUAUACUGGAGUUGACUUCUGCAAAAAACUAUGUGGAGUCUCUAUCAUCCGAAGUGGUGAAAGCAUGGAGAAUGCCCUUCGGGCAUGUUGCAAAGGAAUAAAAAUCGGAAAAAUUCUCAUCCAUCGUGAUGGGGACAAUGGAAAACAGCUAAUAUAUGAGAAGCUCCCGAAUGACAUCUCCGAACGUCAUGUAUUACUACUUGAUCCAGUACUUGCGACAGGCAACUCGGCGAUUAAAGCCAUAGAAGUUCUUAUACAGAAAGGAGUUCCUGAGAAGCGGAUCAUUUUCCUUAACCUCAUUUCAGCACCUGAAGGUAUCCAUUGUGUUUGCAAGAGAUUCCCUUUCUUGAAGAUCGUCACCUCUGAGAUUGAUGCUGCAUUGAAUGAGGAAUACCGAGUUAUCCCUGGAUUGGGUGAGUUUGGUGACCGUUACUUUGGCACCGAUGAUUGA